AGAGCGCUCAGUGGCAACUCUGUACUGUACUUUCCAUCCUGUAACAUAUUUUGUCCACUUGGUGACGCUCCUGUUGCUAAAUCACAGUAGCAGUCUGCGAAGAAGAGACUGCCUCUCUGCGACAAUGGCGGCUGUCACGAGAGGGCGGUUGGUAACAUUGAUCAAGGGUCUGAGCGGCCCUCAGUGGCAGCAGCUUGCCUCUCGACCUCUGAGCGUUUCUGCAGGUCGUUUCGGGUCAGAAUCUCCACCCGCUCGUGCAGAUGCAACCUUUAAGGUCACAAUGGUUCCAGGGGAUGGAGUUGGACCUGAGUUAAUGUCUGCGGUCAAGGAUGUGUUCAAAGCGGGAGACGUUCCUGUGGAAUUUGAGGAGUUCCAUUUGAGUGAAGUGCAGAACAUGGCCAGCGAGGAAAAGCUGGAGCAAGUGUUGACCUCUAUGAAGAACAACAAAGUAGCAAUGAAAGGAAAGAUCCACACACCCAUGGAGUUCAAGGGGGAGUUGGCUUCUUAUGAGAUGAGACUAAGGCGAAAACUGGACCUGUUUGCCAAUGUGGUUCACGUGAAUAGCUUGCCAGGCUACAGCACACGUCACAACAACCUGGACCUGGUUAUUAUCCGGGAACAGACAGAGGGGGAGUAUAGCUCUCUGGAGCAUGAGAGUGUGACCGGUGUGAUUGAAUGUCUGAAGAUCAUCACCAGAGAGAAGUCAAGGCGCAUUGCCAAGUUUGCCUUCGAUUAUGCCACUAAGAAGGGGCGAAACAAGGUCACAGCUGUUCAUAAAGCCAAUAUCAUGAAAUUAGGUGAUGGCCUUUUUCUGCAGAGCUGUGCAGAGGUGGCACAACUGUACCCAAAAAUCAAAUACGAGAACAUAAUCAUUGAUAACUGUUGCAUGCAGUUGGUCCAGAAUCCAUACCAAUUUGAUGUGCUGGUAAUGCCCAACCUGUACGGCAACAUUAUUGAUAAUCUGGCAGCAGGGCUUGUGGGAGGGGCAGGUGUUGUUCCCGGGGAGAGUUACAGCGCAGAAUAUGCAGUCUUUGAGACGGGUGCUCGCCAUCCUUUUGCACAAGCAGUAGGCAGGAACAUUGCUAACCCCACAGCCAUGCUGCUGAGUGCUGCUAACAUGCUCCGGCACCUCAAUCUGGACUAUCACUCCCAAAUGGUGUCUGAUGCUGUCAAGAGGGUCAUCAAACAGGGCAAGGUACGGACACGAGACCUUGGCGGUUACUCGACCACGGGCGACUUUGUGCGUGCUGUUGUGGAUAACCUGCGACACCGACCCUUUUACUAAGAUGUGUGUCUAGAAGUGGUCUCCUCCCUGAUGUUUUCUUUAAUAUGAUCAUUUGUUACUUGUCUCUGUUGAAUGACGAUACAGUUGGACCAGUGGGAUGGUUUUUAUACUGGGUUUACUAAAACUAUACAUUUUUCAAUCAGUCGUGCUCAUGAAAGUACACGUUAACAGACUCCUGUAUAAAGAAAAAGCUGGACCUCCACUUGUUCUCGCCAUGAACAGCAUUUAUCACCCUAACCGUGAAUGUUCUGUGACUUGUGUGAAAGUCAGUUUACACUUCGAUUGUCUUGUUCACACUAAACCUUUUUAAAAAUCCUCCUUAGAGCUUCAUCAUGACAUAGUGAUACGGUUGGUGCCUUGUUUUGACAGUCUAACCCUGCUCUACUUGGAACUUCACUCAAAGAGCUUUCAACCAGUUGUUGAUAUGAGACACUGUAUGGCAAUGUCCACAUUUAAUAAAAUGUGUAACAUGAACAACGCUGAUGAAUGAAAUAAAGAGAACCAAAUCUGA